AUGACGACGAUGAUGAUCUCUAAUCUUCCUAGGGAUUUGCUAGAGGAGAUUAUUUCUAGGGUUCCUUUCAAAUCUAUGAAAGCAGUGAGAUUAACAUGCAAAACUUGGAAAACUCUAGCCAAAAGUAAAGUAACAACACCAACAAGAGAAGGAGAGACUAUGACGAUCAUGGUGUUGCCUCAGAAACUUUAUCUAAUGAGCAGCGUUGUCGACUUUGAUGCAUCUAUACAGAUUCAAGGUCAGAUCAGUUUCCUUGAAAAACAAGUUACUAUAUCUAGAAUUCGUCACUAUGAGGGUUUGUUGUUAUGCAUCUUGAAAGACAAAACUAGGGUUGUGGUUUGGAAUCCUUAUUGGGGGCAAACAAGGUGGAUCAACCUCCGAUAUUCGCAUAGUCCACACGGACAUGAUAGGUUUAGUUAUGCUCUCGGAUACGAAGAUAAGGAAUCUUGUCGUAGCUUUAAACUGUUGAGGUUUCUAGAUUAUUUCUAUCAUGCAGAUGGUUUUUUUUGGUAUGAAAUCUACGAUUUUGACUCUGGUUUAUGGACAACUCUUGAUGUUACUCCAUAUUGGGGUAUAUAUUGUUCUUCCGGCAGUGUUUCUAUUAAAGGAAAGGCUUACUGGAAUGCUAAAAAAAGGAGCUUAAAAAGUCGAACUGAUUACAUAAUCUGUUUUGAUUUUACAAGAGAGAGAUUUGGGCCGCUUUUGCCUAUGCCGUCUAGUGUUAAGGAUAGAUACAUAUAUGUGACUUUAUCUUGUGUUAAAGAAGAGAAUAUUGCAGCUUUAUUUCAGCACCACGAACCAUAUGACUAUGAGUUUGAGAUAUGGAUUACGACUAAGAUCGAGGUCGAAAUGGUGUCGUGGAUCAAGUUCUUGAGAAUGGAUAGGAGUCCUAAGAUAGGUCGUCCAUAUAGUUUAUUCAUUGACGUGGAGAAGAAAGUCUUUAUGAGUUCCUGUCGAAAAUGUCUCAAUGAAAAUGAUUCUUAUUAUCCUGUCAAAACAUCUAUUAGCAUCAUUGGAGAGGCUGGAUACUUGAAAAAUUUCGAUGUUGGAGAACAUUUAGACAUACACUGUAAUCAAGAUGAUAUCGUUUGUGUUCCGUAUGUUCCAAGUUUGGUCCAAAUCAAGAAACAUGCACGAGGCAAUAGGAUAGAACAAAUUAGUUUAGAAAAUCGUCGGUUUGAUCAAAACAAGUUGAGACUUACCUCACUUGAAAAGUCUAGGAGCAAGAUGAUAUAUGGAUAA